AUGGCGAGCCAGGUGGAGAGCGGGUGCCCAGGCCUCCCCAUCUGCAAGGGCACGCUGCCUCUCCCUGUGUCAGGUGGACCUCCCAGCGGCUCUCACCAUGCUGCAUUCAGACCUUCCACCUCGGCCUCCAGAACCGUGCCUAUUGGUGUUGGUGUGCGGGGGAUUGGGGCGCGGAGCCGGGCCCGGGGCCGCCACGCGCGCGCGCGGGCCCGGCGUCUCCCCCGAGCGCGCCCCGCCCAGCCUCGGGCCUCUGGGCGCCGCGCCCCCCUCCCCCGACCCCCGGCCCCCGGCCCCGAGGGCUCCGACCCCGUCCCCGGCCCCGAGGGCGGCCCGGUGGGCCGGGCAUGCGCCGGCAGCAUGGGCCGGCCGGGCUGGUGGCUGGAGGAGGCGCAGUGGCUCGCCUUGGUGUCGCUCUUCGUCGCCGCCCUGGUCACGGUGGGCCUGUACCUGGUCCAGUGCGUCCUGGCCGGGACCCGACGCCCGGGCCCGCGGCCGGCGGCGCCCGAGCCGGGGCAGCGCCCGGCGCCCGACGCGCUGCUCUCCUGGAUCCUGACGCUGGACAGCUGGAGGAGCCAGUGGCAGGCGGCCUGGGUGGCCGCCCUCAACCGCGAGGCCCGCAGGAGAGGGGGUCCGCUGCCCCUCUCCUUCCAGCAGGACCCGCAGCCACAGGCCCUGGAGCUGGCAGUGUGGGACGUCUCCAGCCUGGUGAAGUCAGCCCAGGAGAAGGUGGUGAUGUGCCACGUGGUGGGUGAGGCCCUCCAGUUCCUGGUCACCGCAGAGCCCACCUCGGCCGCCAGCCCAGGGCAGCAGCUGUACCACGUGCGCCUGUCUCCCCUCCACUUACAGCUGGAGUUCCAUGUGAAAGAGAAGAGAGAAGACAUCCAGAUCAGGUGGUCCUUCAUCAGCGUGCCAGAAACCGCCGUUAGGAUCCAGCCCCGGGGUCUGAGAGAGGCCCAGGCGGGUGAGGCAGAUGCCAUAUCUGAAGUGCUCAAGGACAUCUUGAAGCAGCUGGUCGGCUCCGCCUCUCCAUCAGUGGUUCUGAGCACCAGGCCCACGGAUGUACAGGAAGCGCAGAACCUCCGACGCGCUUCAUCCACUGCUCAGGAAUCCUGUCCACCCAAACCUCCAAGGGCUCAUGAACUAAAACUCCAGGUGAAGAACCUCCGGGCCUCGCUGCUCAGCCAUCUUGGUGCUUCAGGCAGCUCCUCUAAUCUAGUGUGCACCGCCCAGCUGAAUGACCCUGCUCAGAGGUUCACCAGCAUCCUAGCAAAAAACACUACUGACCUCAUGUGCGAGGAAGAAUUCACCUUUGAGCUGAAUGCCAAGUCCAGGGAGUUACAGCUGCAGAUCACAGAGGACGAGCAGGCCUCGGAAGGUCUGUUGGCAACAGCAACAGUUCGUCUGGACUUGUUUAGGAAGCAGCCUUCAGGACUGCAGAUCUUCACGCUGAGCAGCGAGCCCGCCCCUGGCAGCUCAGUACUGGGUUCGGUCACUGCAGAGUUUUCCUACAUAGAACCUGGUGAGGGGAAGUCCUGCCUGGCGCCUCCCCCUGUGCCUGCUGCGAAGAUAGAGAAGGACCGCACGGUGAUGCCGUGUGGCACUGUGGUCACCACUGUCACCGCGGUGAAGACCAAGCCUCGCUUUGACGUAGGGAGGGCAUCCCCGCUGAGCUCAGAGUCCCCUGUGAAGACACCGGUGAAGGUGAAGGUCAUUGAGAAGGACAUCUCGGUCCAGGCCGUCCCGUGCCACAGCACACCCGUCAGCAAGACGUUCUCUUCCUCAGACACAGAGUUGUUGGUGUUGAACGGCUCAGACCCAGUGGCUGAAGUUGCCAUUCGCCAACUCAGUGAAUCGUCCAAGCUGAAGCUCAAGUCCCCCCGGAAGAAAAGUACUAUCAUCAUUUCAGGGAUCUCCAAGACCUCACUGUCUCAGGACCACGAAGCUGCCCUCAUGCUGGACUACGCGGCCUCCAUGGGUGACGCCUGCCAGGCGGAUGCUGUCCCCGAGCCGGUACCCCCAGCACCCCCAGCACCCCCAGCAGCAGCCUCCCCUGCACAAGACGAGCCCACCCCGGCCCCGCCCGAGCCCCGGGAGAAUGAGCUGGACUGCUGGGACCUGGAGAAGGGGUCUCAGGCAGCAGCGUGGUGCAGCCCAGCCCUGCUGGAGACCGAUGGAGACGAGCUGUCAGAGAGCUCCCUGAGCGCCUCAGAGCCGGGCACUGCCAAGAAGACCAAAGGAGGAAUGCUGAAGAGAGGCGCCAAGUUGUUCUUCCGCCGGCGGCACCAGCAUAAAGACCCGGGCAUGAGCCAGUCGCACAAUGACCUCGUGUUCCUGCAGCAGCCCGAGGAGCCCCGCGCGAGGAAGGGAGCCACCCUCACCAGGCUCCUCAACAGGAAGCUGCUCUCCAGGCACCGAAGCAAGAACACCAUGAACAGCAGCCCCCAGGAGCCCUGCGCCUAGCUGCGCCCCCUGGCGGCUGGAGCUCAGAUGUGAUGGCCCCGCCAGGGGAUGGAAGGGCGGGUCAUCUGCUGGUAUAGCUUGGUUGUUUCCAACCACCUCGUCUUUUACAGGGAAAAGGCCGCCUGCCACUGCAGCCAGGAGCCUCCCCUAGGCUGGACUGGGGAAGGCUGUUGCGGCCCCAGUGAUAGGCUUAGAGGGACUUGUGUGGGGAGGAGGCUGCGAGCAGGGAGGGGUGAGGGGGCGCAGCUCUGGCGUAGGGCUGCGUGCUCCACACGGUGUCCUGAGGAGCAGGUGCCUCUGGUGGUUGCUGUGAGUGAGACCCAGAUCACCUGUUCCGACUCGCUGCUUAGAAUGAAAGCGUGGGCCUGGCAGCAAGGAUGGGCCGGUGCAACCCGGGCGGCUCCUUGGUGGAGACAGUGCUUUAUGCUGGGAGCUGAGAGGUGUCGACAAGGCAAGAAGGGAUCCGCCUUUAGCAUGAGCCAUAGAACUUGAAAACAUAUGCAAACACUAAGUAAGUGCUAAGCCCGGCGUGAGGAGCACUUCUGGAGGUUACCAGGAAUGCGCAUGCCGGGCACCUCCGCAGAUGCCCAUGGGAGCCCUGCGCUUGUCUCCUGCGCUUGGCCGCUCGCUGCUGAGCCACAGCUGUCAGGCAUCCACCUUCCAGCCGCCUCCCAUGGCAAGCUGAUACGGGACGCCAGGAGCAGCAGUGCGCAGUCAUUCGGAAAAGGACACACGCGCGCACACACAUGCACGCACACACACACACAACACAGGUGUUUGCCAAAUAUUGCCAUCAGCCAAACCAAGUAGUUCUCGAGUCAUAGAGGAAAUACUUUUGACUCUCAGGUACCACCCAGUCUUAGGAAUGGAGGUUUUAACAAAUGGGCGAGGUGCGCGUGUGAUUCUUCACAAUUCUACUGUGAACACGCCCUGGCCAUGUUUGCGGGAGACCUUGCUUCUGGUCUCCAGUGGGAGAAGAAUGGGCCUGGAACACAGCUUCAAUAUGAACACGCAUGAGUACGCUUGCUGAAGAGCACCUUGCAUCGGGGUCAGGCGUGGCUGUCCGUAAGAUUCAUGUCCUUCCCAUGAGACUGAAGAGGCUGACCUGGAAACCCGCCUCUGUCAUGGGUGUGAAAUUGGCUCACUCCUUAAGACAGGCACUUUUAUUAAUCCUCCAACAAAUCUAUCACAGGUAAUAGAGCCAUCGGUGAGCAAAAACUCCUUUAUGAAAGCCAGAAUUAGAGUUUUUCUUUUCUGUUUUUGAGGGUAAGAUUGGAAAGCUACAUAAGGAAUUUUGCCUUCUGAUAAAUGUGAGAAACUUGCUGGGUAUCUUGGGGCAUCCUUCCAUUCAGGUACUUGGGAGGCUGGGGCAGCAGGGUUUUGGGUUUGGGGCCUGCACUGUAUAGCGAGCUCAGGUUUAGCAAAGUCCUGCUGAAGCAAAAAAAGGAACAAGGGGAAUUUGUUUAUCAAGUGACUUGGAAGUGACUUGCAACGCGCUUUGUUUUGGAAGCUGGCAUUCUGAUGUCAGUCACUCGGGGGGACUAUCGAGUGUAGCUAUGGGAGCUUGAAAGGCAGGUGGCACGUGAGGUCCUGUGGUGAGCAGAAACUGUGCCACACGGGUUGAUUCUGAGGAGAGCGUGUGCAGGCUCACACCCAGUGAGGGCCUCAGCACAGGUCCAGCCUUGCAUCUGAGGGGCUUGGGAGGAGACCUGUUUCGCAUCAGAGGCUGACUUCUCCCACUAAGCCUCCCCACAAGAAUUGUAGGAUUUUUUUUUAACCAGGGAUGUUCAACGCUAUAGAAUUUAUAUAUUUGGUUUUUAAGUAGGCAAGUUCAAGUUACUCACAUGUGAGGUACAGAAUUUUAGGGUGUACGUUCUCUCAAAACCAAACAAAAGCAAAUGCUUUUAGCCACCCUGUUCCCGGCUCCUGUGUGCGAGGCUCUCCUUCCCUGGGUGUACUAGCAGGGUCUCCACCAAAUACACAACACUCACAGAGUGGGGGGGGGGGAGCAGGGGCCUCAGGGAGCACUGGGAAAAUGGGCCGCGGACACUGAAGCUCCUCCCAGCUGUCUAUGCAGGUCUGCUUUUUCAUGGUGCAGCACAUUUGUGCAAGAGCAAGUGUCAUUCAAGGUGAAGAUGGAGGGAACUUACGCAUCAGAUGCUAACACUCACAUGCGCCUCACCUUUCACCCUUGCCUCUCAUAUAAGCUUUAAGGGGUGUCUGUCCUGGCGGGAUUUUUCUGAGGAGUGCUAUUUCAAAAGCAGUUCCUUGGGGACACUAAUCUAGGCGUGGUUCGUCACUCUGGAGGCUGGUGUUCAGGUUGUGAGCUGGCCACCUGUCUCUUCUACUCUGUUUAAGGUUGUACCGUGUCCUCUGUGGAGGUAUGAAAUGGAGCUUUAAGUGUGUGUGUGUGUGUGUGUGUGUACAGAUGUAGCAAUAAAAAAGAUCUUUUUCCAAC